AUGCGAGCUCAGGUUUUAUACCCAACAUUAACAGCAUAUGGUCGUCACCAAUACUAUUGUGCGCCACGCAGCCUCGUCUCCUUAACCUUCACACCUCUCCACCACCGCCACGUUUCUCCUCCGUUUCUCAAUCUCAGUCUCUUCACCGCCUUCCGUUUUCCUUUCUUCCGCAUGGAGCAAUCUGGACCGACGACGACGGGGAAGAAGAAAUCAAUGGUGGAGAAUUUGAAGCGAUACGGUGUGAUCUCAUCGAAGAAAGUAGCUGAAGUCAUGGAAGCAUUAGACAGAGGUCUCUUCGUACCAGUCGGAUCUUCUUCAGCUUAUGAAGAUACUCCCAUUCCCAUAGGUUACAACGCCACAAUCUCCGCUCCGCACAUGCACGCCACGUGCUUGCAGCUCUUGGAAGAUAAGCUUAAGCCCGGGAUGCGAGCUUUAGACGUUGGCUCAGGAACCGGUUACUUAACCGGCUGUUUUGCUCUCAUGGUUGGAGCCGAAGGACGAGUCGUUGGCGUGGAUCAUAUACCUCAACUGGUUGAUAUGUCGAUCAAGAACAUUGAAAAGAGCGUUGCUGGUUCUUUGCUUAAGCAAGGAUCUCUCUCUUUACAUGUUGGUGAUGGAAGAAAAGGUUGGGGAGAGUUUGCGCCGUACGAUGCGAUACAUGUAGGAGCAGCGGCGUCGGAAGUCCCUCAGGCGCUUUUGGACCAGCUAAAACCCGGUGGUAGGAUGGUGAUUCCGGUAGGGACUUACUUUCAGGAGCUUAAGGUGAUUGAUAAAGGCGAUGAUGGUUCGGUUAAGGUGCGUACCGAAACCUCGGUUAGGUAUGUGCCUCUUACUAGCCGUGACGAACAGAUUGGAGGGUUUUGA